AUGGCGCAGACGGCGCUUAUUAUCGACCAGGGGGUGGAAGCAUCUAUCCGUUUCAAUCUUAGUCGUCGCAAUGAAAGCGCGUCUGCGACCGAGGUUUUCAAGCUAUUUGAAUGGUUUGUCUCGGAGUUGGAUGUCUCUGUCAGCCUGGAGUACAUACAAAUAUCGUCUGUCUCCACUGUGGAAGGGGCCGAGACGUCUCGGAUCGAUCACUUCGUCGCAACCCGGCCACUUCUUACCUUGAUCGGCCUCAGGGAUAGUUGA